AAACACGUAAAAUGGACAUUAGAGAGUGAAUCUUUUAAAACGAUAAGAAUUUAUGAGACUUAUAUUUGCGGCUUUCAUAUUCGUGAAUCUUCAUCUUCAUACCCCUAGUGAAUUUAAUCUAGUUUUGUACAAUUUUUACAGACAUAUUUCUAUGAUAAUUUCGUGGUCAGUCACUAUCGUUGUAUCCCUUACUGCGCCGAUUUUCGUGAAUCCUGCCAAUUUUUUCUUAUCUUCUCUCAAUCGCUAAUGGGUUCACUGAACAUGUGAUCCACAAUGUCAAUAAAACUCUGCUGAACACAUCAGACAUGGAUGACUGACAAGUAGACCCACAGCUUAUUAUCUUGCCAUUCAUUCCAUGAGUCAAAUGGAGGAUACUUCCAAUAAAAAAGGAGAUCCUGCUGGAUCUGAACCUGGGGAGAGUCUCGAAGACCAGUUUUUGCGGGACCUAGAAGAAGAUGCCGACAAAGAACCAGAACCUAAACUCACUCGCCUUAACAACUCAAGUGCCGUUCCAGGAAAGUCUAGCCCAACAAAAGUGCCCGCUGUUGAAGAUAUUAACUGUGUGGAAACGGAGAUAAAUAGCCUCAAGCUCUCAGCACGUGGGAGUGAGGGUGAGAGGGGGCCUGGAGCAGAAACAGCUGAGGAAAGUGCAGGAACUAGUGAAACACAAGAGUCCAAGUCAAAACAAGAAGGACUCUCAGAUUCAGAGGCCAGUAGUGGUAGCGUUAGUGAUGGUGCCAGAGUGAUUCGAGUCACCACUUUCAGAUUCAUGCCGAGGAAGAGGCCACGCAAUUUUCGUGCCCGAAUCGAAUCAGACAGCGAAGAUGAUGACCUCCAAAUUGCAUCCUCUCCGACAGAAGAGCAAGGAAGUUCGUCAAGCUCCUCUUCCUCAUCAGCCUCAGAUUUUAACGAUUUAGGUUCCCUCUCAGAUUCAUCAUCCUCCUCAGAUAUGUCAGACACAGGCGUAUCCCUCCUCAGCCGUGCUGGGGCGCUGUAUCAUUUCCCAGGAUACUCCGGGGGAUUCUCGACGGCAGAAAAGAAUCGUGAUAUCAAUCUCCUGAAGCCAGGACCCAAGCAUAAGUGGUUCUGCGUCCAGGAAUUCAUCAAUAGGCAAAUCAGAAAUUCAUCAAAAGUGCAAGCAGCGCGGGACUUCGAGCAGCGUUGCAGUGCAUCACUACAUUUUGUACAGAGACUGCAGCUGUCGCACAAGUUGAGCAAACAUACGGGUUGUGUCAAUACACUCAACUUCAACCAGCGUGGAGAUCUCUUGCUCAGCGGCUCUGACGAUCGCAAAUGUAUCAUGUGGAACUGGGCGGAGAAUAAAGUCAACCUCAAGUUCGAGACUGGCCAUUGGAGCAACGUUUUCAAUGUGAAAUUUUUACCGCAUACUGCUGAUACUCAUGUUGUGACUUGCGGACGAGAUGGUCAAGUACGGCUAGCAUUAUUAGGUUCCUCUGGACGAGAAACAGAAACACGUCUUUUAGUUCGGCAUUCACGCCCUGUCCACAAAAUUGCAACUCUUCCAGACAGCCCACACAUAGUUCUCAGUUGUGGAGAAGAUGGAAUCGUAAACUCUGUUGACCUCAGAAAAGACUCUUCAAGUAUGAAGACGCGGCUGUUGAAAGUAGUAGAAAAGAACCAAAAAAUAGAAUUAUUGUACAGUAUUAGCGUGAAUCCAGUUAAUCCUCAUCAGUUCAUCGUUGCAGGCCAGGCGUGGUCAGUUCGUUUGUAUGAUAUGCGAAAAAUACCAACUGACCACAAACCUGUCAUGAAAUUCUACCCUCAUACUUUAGGUGAAUAUAAUUGGCAUAGUCAUUACAUAACGUCAGCUGUCUUCAACCAUAAUGGGACUGAAAUUCUUGCUUCGUAUAAUUAUGAGAGUAUCUACCUCUUUGAUGCAACAAAAACUACUCCAGGAGAAUUUGUUCAUUGUUAUGAAGGUCAUCAAAACUGUGUAACAAUUAAAGGUGUCAAUUUCUAUGGGCCAUCAAGUGAAUACAUUGUUUCGGGUUCCGACUGUGGUAAUAUUUUCAUUUGGGAGAAGGAAACGGAAGCCAUCGUUCAGUGCAUGCCGGGUGAUGAUCGAGGCGUUGUGAACACACUAGAGCCUCAUCCUGCAUUUCCAUUCCUGGCAACAAGUGGCUUGGAUAAUGAGGUGAAAAUGUGGAUGCCGCUGGGGGCGGAAGAAGUAUCGAGAGCCAAACUAGAGCGAAUUAUUGCAAAGUCGAAUGAAAAAUUAUACUCUGAAGAUAAUGCAGCAGACUAUGUGCGUCUCAGAGAUUUUCUGCGAAAUUUCAGUGAAUCAAGAGGCUGAUUUCUUCAUUAUAUAGAAAAGUAUGCUCCCAUGUCGACCAUAAUCUAUUGGCCUCAUGAGAUCAACAAGUUUAAAACAAAAUUCCCAUUUCAGGAUGUAACUACUUCCAGGAGGCAAACCUUUAACAAGCUGUGAAAUGAAAAAAAUCAAUCUAAAAGGUAGUGAACCGUAAGGGAAGUAUCCCAUUAUUCUUUUUUCUUUUUUUCUACUUCAUUCCUUCAAUUUUUGCAGGCGUUGAAGAUAAUUGAUUGGAAUGCAUAAGACUUAUUUUGUGAUUCCCAUUGUCGUAUAUUCCAGAAUAUCUUGAAAUUAUAUUUUACCAAAAACUAUUUACUCUCCAAAUGUACAAGAGCUUUUCUGGUUGAUCUAUGCUUCAUUUUUUAAGGAUGCUGUCAAUGUUCCGAUUGUAUUUGCUGAAAAUCAAUUUUCCUUGUUAAGAUUGUUUAAUCAGUUUAGUUUGCAAAACCAAUGCACUUUGUUUUCUAAGUUGAAACCGCAUUAUCCUCGAAAUGUCAAUUACCUACAGAGUCUAAGUUAAAGAAUAACUCAUGACCUUUAAUAAAAUAUUUGCAAAGGAAACCUCUGUUCUCUACUCUCAACAUAAUUUCUCCAUCACAGGGUGGAAUUCUUUUUACUAAUCAGAGGUUUGACUUAAAGUAGCAGUCCUUUUGGAUUAUUACUCUUAACUGUGAGUGCACUGUUGAUACAUUUUUUAGAUUUUUUAGAGAAAAAAUAGUAAUUUUGUGAAGUAUGUUAUCUCUUUCCUUUUCGUAAGGGAGUCAACCCCAUUUACUCAUUGAUCAUUGAUUCGUUACCUUAAACCCUUUUUCGAUUUAAAAAGAUGUGAUGUGCUUUUUAACUAAUCAAAAGCCAGGAUUUGGCCGUACAUUACUUCUUGCAGAAGGGAACCAGAGUAAUUGAAUCUCUCAGUUCAAAAACGACCCAACUUGGGUCCAUGCCAUGAACCAUGAUCAACCUUUUGCGUCGAAACACUCCUUUUCUGGCUGUUACGAAGUUUUUAUCGUCUCGUGAAAAAUUCCAUUUUUCCAAGAUGGGUCGUUUUCAAAUUGAGAGAUUCAAUCUCAGCAGUGUUACAGUUAUGCGUUUACAUCUUUAUCCUAAUAAAAUGCCUCGUAUAACGAAUAGUUUUUGUUUUUCCACCAAAAAUUGUAAAUUGCAAAAGAAAACGCCAGUGUAAAUUUUAUUCCUUUACAUAUUUGUAAUAUUCUAAGCAAUGAAGGAGUCUGAACAAUUUUGAAUACACUGUAAUCGUGUUGGUUUUCCUCUGCUAAAUUCGAUCCAUUUAUCAAUACAUCAGAAAUUAAUCAAGGAAUCGAUGAAAUGAUGGAUGGACUAUACUGAAUAUUUCUGUUAUUUACACUGUGGCUUUUGUAAGCUUUACAGGCAAUUGCGUGUCAAAAAUUUUCUUAUAAACUCGAUUUUUAACAUCUAAUGAUAAUCUGUAAUGCUUGAAGUGGUCACAGAGUAAAUAACGGAAAAAGCUCUUGUGUAAAUCAUUAUGAAGAGAUGAUGCGGUUUCAUCCUCAUGAUGUAAGCUGAUGAAGGGAAACAAAAAAGUGCAAUAACUGAUUCAUUGAAGAUCGAUUUAGGUUAAUUGAAUAUUUCAAUCUUAAAAAUUGAAAAUUAAACCGAUAUUUUUCUUGAAGAUCCAAGCGCCAAAAUCCCAAUUUUUGAGAAAAACGGAGGAAGGAAUGCCAUUUGGCGCGCGUUCAAUCUUUUGAGCUUAGUUUCAGUAGGUAUUUCUCCGACGCAUACAUUAUCCAGACUCAAAAGAUCGAGCACAUGCCAAAUGACACAGUUUUUCUUGAAACUUGGAUUUGGGCUCAUAAGAAAUCUGUUAGUUCAAUUGACCCAAAAAAAAUUAUUUUUAGAAACUUGUUCUAUUAAAUACUUGUCCAUUGAAAACUAAUUUAUGAAAGGUUCUUCUGCAGUUAAGUGCAUUCCUCUUCCCUGGUAUGUUGCUUCCAUGUAUCUGUCCUUUAUCUGUUGUUUUGAACUUACUCAUUUUGUUUUCUAUCAUUCAAUUUUCAAUCAAUUAAUCUGGGAUGAAAUUAUUAACUCAGAGCUUCCAAAUUUUUGCUUUUGAUGUUCGAGGAAUUUCUGCCAAAAAGAAAAAUUAUCUGCCUUUUUAUUGAAAACUCAUGUAAAUUCCUUUCAUCAGUUAUUCCUGUAUUCAUCCCAUGUGUGAAUAUGUAAUAUUUUGUAAGUAGUAUUUUGAUUAUGAUCCGAUUGAAUAAUAUUUUACUUUGAAAUUAAACCUCAAUCGAGACCUCAUAAUUCUAUUCUGUAAGUGAAGACUUAUCGAAAGACCGGUGGAGGAAUUCCUCUAUUCAGGUCUCGUAUGCCAUGUACUUUUGUUCCAGCUUCUUGUUCUGGCUCUAUAUUUUGUACAUUUGUUCAUGUUUCUUUUCGAUUGUUCUAAGUAAUGAAAUCAAUUACGCAUCUGUUUUAAAA